ACACAGGCGCAUGAGCACACUGGGCAGGCUCGCCCGGGAGCCUAACACCGCCAGGGGAGGGGAGGGACCGGAAGUCAGACUAUGUCUCUAGGUUGCUAAGAGACCGGACUGUCCCAAAACAAGCCGACGAUUCUCCAGCCUCUUUUCCUUUCUGAAUCUGCUUCAGAAUUUCCUAAAGUCGAGUAACCAUGUCGGACGGUGAUAUCUUAAGAAGCACCUUUCCCUCUUACAUGGCAGAGGGGGAGAGGCUUUAUCUGUGCGGGGAGUUCACUAAGGCCAUUCAAAGCUUUACCAACGCCCUUCACCUUCAAAGUGGAGAUAAGAACUGCCUGGUUGCCCGCUCCAAAUGCUACCUGAAGAUGGGAGACUUAGAGAAGUCUUUGAAUGAUGCUGAGGCCUCACUUCAGAACGACCCGACUUUCUGCAAGGGGAUCUUACAGAAGGCUGAGACACUGUACACCAUGGGAGACUUUGAGUUUGCCCUGGUGUUCUAUCAUCGAGGCUACAAACUGAGACCUGAUCGGGAAUUCAAAGUAGGAAUUCAGAAAGCCCAGGAAGCCAUCAACAACUCGGUGGGAAGUCCUUCUUCAAUCAAGCUGGAGAACAAAGGCGACCUCUCCUUCUUAAGCAAGCAAGCUGAGAGUAAGAAAGCCCAGCAGAAGCAUCUGCCUAUAAAGCAACUCUCAUACAGCACCAAGCAUGAAAUCAAGAGGAAGGGCUCGCUCAAGAGCGAGAAGACCGUGCGGCAGCUGCUCGGGGAGCUGUACGUGGACAAGGAGUAUCUGGAGAAGCUCCUUCUGGAUGAAGAUCUCAUCAAAGGCACCAUCAAGAGUGGCCUGACCGUGGAGGACCUCAUUAUGACCGGCAUCAACUACCUGGACACCCGCAGCAACUUCUGGAGGCAGCAGAAGCCCAUCUAUGCCAGGGAGCGAGACCGGAAGCUGAUGCAAGAGAAGUGGCUGAGGGACCGGAAACGCAGCCCCUCGCAGACAGCCCACUACAUCCUCAAGAGCCUAGAGGACAUUGACAUGUUGUUGACCAGUGGCAGUGCUGAUGGGAGCCUCCAAAAAGCUGAGAAAGUCCUUAAGAAGGUUCUGGAAUGGAACCAAGACGAGGUACCCAACAAGGACGAACUGGUCGGGAACUUGUACAGCUGCAUAGGCAACGCCCAGAUUGAGCUGGGGCAGAUGGUGGCUGCCUUGCAGAGCCACCGAAAGGACCUGGAGAUCGCCAAGGAACAUGACCUUCCAGAUGCAAAAUCGAGAGCCCUUGACAAUAUUGGCAGAGUUUUUGCCAGAGUUGGGAAAUUCCAGCAAGCCAUUGACACGUGGGAGGAGAAGAUCCCUCUAGCCAAAACCACCCUGGAGAAGACCUGGCUCUUCCAUGAGAUUGGCCGCUGUUACUUGGAGCUGGACCAGGCAUGGCAGGCCCAGAGUUAUGGGGAAAAGUCUCAGCAGUACGCUGAGGAGGAAGGGGACCUCGAGUGGCAGCUGAACGCCAGUGUCCUGGUGGCGCAGGCCCAAGUGAAGCUGAGAGACUUCGAGUCAGCUGUGAAUAACUUUGAGAAGGCCCUGGAGAGAGCCAAGCUGGUCCACAACAACGAGGCACAGCAGGCCAUCAUCAGCGCCUUGGACGACGCCAACAAGGGCAUCAUCGAAGAACUUAAGAAAACGAACUACAGGGAGAUACUCAGGGAAAAGGCAGAGAGACAGGACAUCAUGUCACAGAUGGAUUUGCAGGGAGCAUCAGAGAAGGAAUUGCUGCGAGGGCGAGAGGAGCAGGAGAGGGUGGUGAAGCAGUGGGAGAGGGACCAGGAGAGUGAGAGAGAAGCCACGGAUGAUGAGCAAGACAGGAAAAGCUCAGGAGGACUCAGCAAAAAACUGUUGGGAGACGGUCACUCGUCAAACCUCGGGGUCAGGAGAGAGUCCAGAGAAAUCUACAGAAGGGUCUCGGACUACUCCAGCCACCUACCCUCAGACAGCGGCAGCCACAAACAAGAGAAGAAACCAGCAGAAGCAGCCAAAGGGGAGGUCCAAAAGUUGGAGAGGACAAAAGAGGAGGAAUCUAAAGCCCACGCUACUUAACAACAGAGAAGGGAUGAAGACUGGCUCAGUAGGCUCGAGGUUCAGGCAGACAGUGUUCCCAGGUGUUUUAGAGAGGAAAAACUGGGAGACUGACCUCUACAGACCACCUCCCGUGUGCUCCCCCCCCCGUUUCCCCAUUAAAUAUGCGUCUUUAAUUUU